AUGUCUGCUGAUUCUCAAACGUUACCUUGUUCACGUCCGUUAGCUGAUAGUCGUAUUGAGCAAAGCUAUCACUUGGAUCAGUUACGAUCAAAAUUAGCUCGUCUUGAUAUGCGUGAUCUAGUUCCACAAUUGGUUGCACGACAAGUGUUACGCUCACAAGAAAUGAGUGCAGUGUAUUCUGAGGAAAAACGUGAAGAUCAAGUGGACAAAUUAAUUGAAAUAUUGAAAACGAAGAAUCAUUGGCUUGGACCAUUGAUCGAUGCAUUGAUAAGAAAUGGACAAGCUACAUUAGCAAAGGAAUUAUUGGCAAUAAACAAUACAAAAACCAACAAAUCUACUUGA